UUUUUUUAUUCUUUUACUAUUAUUAUUCUUUUAACUAACACAUGAAGGAGGACCCAUUAUAUAUUUCUUCUGAACCUAUUGACUCCUCUUCCAAAUCCAUCGCCGCAAUAUCAGCAAAAUAUGUUCCAUAUAUCCAUACAAUCCUGGCAUAUAGUGCAUUCUUGAUAGCUCUCUUUAUCGGAUGCGUUACUCAUUAUGAAAAGAUUGUACAGAAUGAAUAUUAUGGUUAUCCCCAGGAAUAUAUUCCUAGUGUUAGUGCUACUACGGGUGAUCGAUAUCCAGCACGUGCUUAUUUCCAAAUCCUGAUAGCAUUGACAUCUGGACCAAGGUUUUUAUUAGUGUAUUUGUGGUACGUAUAUACAACAAAGACCAUCCGUACAAGCACGACAUCUUUCGGUAAAGGUUUACUGAUAGUGGGACUCAUACGAACAAUAUCUUGUGGUGGUUGGACUUAUAUUACAUCUACAGAUGAUCACGAUCUGCAUGACUUGGCUAUGGGACUUUAUUUGGUAUGUACUUUGCCGUGGCAAUUAGGCGUUCUUUCUACAAGUUCACGUCAACUUCCUCAUUUAUUGAAAUGGCGUCGACUUUUGGUCACAGCUUUCUUUGGUACUACUCCCUUUAUGAUCUAUUACUUUAUUCAACACAAAGUACAUCACGUACCUGGAGCUUAUUCAAUGUAUGCGAUAUUUGAAUGGAGUCUUAUUCUUUAUGAUGUUGGGUUUGAUGCAAUCUCGAUGAUGGAUUUCCAGUCUUUAGACUUGGUUAUUAUAGAUAAAUCCCCUUUUAUUUGUAAAAAAGAAAUUGUUUGAAAUAAAGUGUAUAAAUAC